CUUCCUGUGAGUCCCUGAUCUUGAUCGUACACAUUUGCGUUCAUGAUUAGUGUAUGAUUGAAUCGGGGGCGUCACAACGCGACUGUUGCGGGAUUUGACAGGAUCGUCUGGGCCUACAUGUCAGUCACUCGGAAGCAACUCCAUAUAAGUUGCUGGCUCUGGGCUUUUGAACAGUGCGCCCUCAUUUCCCCUCUUUCUUCUCGAAUAUCUCCGCCACUUCCGCUCCCAUCCCGGUGCCAUCGGUCCGUUCGAGCUUCGUCUGCGACGAUGGUGAAGGAGAAGAUGGCGACCCUGGAGCGCGCGAAGAAGACGGCGGCGCAGGCGAAGGCGAAGAAGUCCGGCCGGGGCGGAUCUUCCUCGAGGUCUGCCUUGCCGUGGGUCUGGAUCCAGGGUGACUGGAUGCCCUCGGCGAUUCGUCAGGAUGACAUUGACGACCUGGUCGAGGGGGGACUCAUUCCUCACGGAUCUGCGCGCCUCCUGGGGAACGAGAUCGAGCCGCAGCCUCUCAAGGGUGAGUGUGUCCUUAUCGCCACUCACGUCGACCGCGGAUUCUCCCUGCCCCCUCAUCCUUUUUUCCGGAGUUUCUUGAACUUUUUCGGAGCGCAACUCCAUCACUUUACUCCAAAAUUCCAUCGUGUACCUUGCUACCCUCUUGUCGCUGUGCGAGAAUUUCUGGGGUUGCCGUCCUCAUUGGGGCCUCUUCAAGCACAUUUUUACUUGUCGUUCUCAGUCAGUUAAGAAAGCCAAGUCGAGUGACGAUAAGACACAAGUGAUUCAGAUGUGCGGGGGUCUUGGGAUCUAGAUGAGAAGAAAAAGUUCUUUUCCAACUAUGAUUCUUCCUGACUCGGUCCACGGGUGGCAGUCGACCUGGUUCUACUGCAGAGACCAGCCGACCCCAGGCAGGCGACGGGUCUUCCCCCUUUCUCCCUGAACCGAGCAGAAAAACCUUCCUCUCUGAAAGUGACACCGGAAAAGAAGGCACAAGUCAAAGUGUUGGUUAGUCGAGUGGUUCAGCUUGUCCGCGACGGGGUAACUGGUAUGGAUUUGCUAGAGGUCUUCCUCUGGAGACGUAUCCAACCGCUCCAAGCUUGUGACCAUCCGAUGUGGUUGUAUUCGGGUCUCGAUGACACCACUCGGAUUCACCCGGAGGAGGUCGACGAGGCUACGUUGGAGGGGUGGUUGUCGAGUAUCACAGGGAACAAAGACAACCCCCGAGGAGCCAGGAGGAUUCCUCCACUCGACCAAUCAUAUGAAGUAGAUCAGGUCCGAUUCCGCAUCUCUGACUGUGGCCUUGCUUUCUUCAUUCUGUUUGCUUAAAAUCAAUCGACUGACCUUUGUCUUGUUUGUUGUCUUCUAGACCAUUACUGAGAUGUACUCGAUGCCCAACGGGGCGCAAGAACAGACCGAGGAGGAGGAGGCGAGUGGAGGUGAAAGCGGGGAGGAGUGGCAAUCCGAUGGUGAGGGGGAAGAGGAUGACGACGGCUCCAAUGAUGACGACCUCCUCGCACGGAAAGGCGAUCCAAGCUUAUUCAUGACCCCGCGAGCGAGCGUGGCAAAGCAGCUGCGCCUGUUGGGCAGUCGUCAAAACGCCCUCGGACGGUUUCUCCGGCGCCGACUGAAAAAGCGCCGAAGCAUCCACGGGCGGCGUCAUCAAAGCCGCUGAAGGCCUUGCCCAAGAUGAGAAUGUCCAUCCCUACCAUUUCCGGUGCUGCUACCUCCGAGACUUCCGCCACGAACGAAGACCAGGAAAUGGAAAACGCUGUCACCUCCAACCUUGGUAUGAUUUUUGCAGUUUCACUUUUGGUCGAUUGGAUUUUCGUUUUUAACUUUGGAUUUUUCCUGAACCUCCUCCUCAUGUCAUUGAUCUCCCUGAUGAUGACGACGAGGUGCCACUAAGGGCGAGGAAGAAUAAAAAGGCGCCGACUGGCAAGACUUCUCAGAUUGCAUCAGUGCCUGAGACAUCGAUUCAAGAGGGUGGAGAUGUGACUCGGCAUUCCGUGUCCUUUGCUGUGCCGCUGAUGAGUGUUAGGCCUUCGUCGUUGACUGCUGACCCACCCUACCUUUUCGCCACACACCACGUCCCAGAGGACCAAGUGGGUGCUGCUAAGGAGGCUAUACGCCAGGCGGGGAUCAUGAUGGAGCAGGUGAAGGCGAUCCGGGAAGCCAGCCAGGCGGCCUAUGAUGCUAGCUCAGCCCUUCAGAGCAACGUCCAGAAAUCUUGUGAGCUUGUGGCUCGCUGUGCUGAGUUGGAAAACAAACAGAUCCAGCUUGACCUUGACUUGAAGCUUAUUCAGGAGAACUUUCAAAAGGCGAAAGACGAAGCAAAAGAUAAAAUGAAGGAGGCUCUGAAGAAGAAGGACCGUGACCUUGCCGAGGCGCAGAAGGCGGCUUUGGACAAAACGAAGCUUGCGGAAGAAAAACUGGCUUCAGUCGGUAAACUUGAGGAGGAGAACGCCAAUCUGAAAGCUGCUCCCGAUGCGGCCAACAAGGAGGUCAGUCGUCUGAAGAAUGAUAAGAUAGCUCUGAGUGACAAGGCUAGUGAACCGGUGGGGAAGAGGAAUGAUCUGGAGGCCUAUCUCUGACUUGUUAUCAUCGACUCAUGGUAGAACUGGUGGUUUAUCUUUGAAUGUUUACAGAAUUCUGCCAAAACUUCGAGGAGGAGACCAGUCGAGUGGAGACAGGCUUGGAUCCCAUCAACUCCCCUGUGAAGGAUGAAACUACUAUGAACGUGCUCCGACUGGAGUCUCGUGUUGCUAGUGUGGUUGACUACCUUGCUUGACUAAAGGUUGCGGCGUCGCGAAUCGACACGACACUCUGGCCAGGAGCGACGCUUCAAAAUGACCUCGAGUCUCUAAUGACUCAACUGCAUGAAGUUCCAGGUCGAGUGCAAGAAUGGAAUAAGUCUUCUGUGAGGUGCGGCGCUGACGUUGCCCUGUCCCUGGUCCGCGUUCACUGCAAGGAUGCACGAGAGGAGAAGCUGGCGUCCAUCAAAGUUGCCAAUACCAAGAAGCACGACUUCCAAUCUUUCAUGGAGACCUUCAUUGCUACUGCCACUCGGAUUGCUCACGGAAUUGACUUGGACCAGUUUGUCGCGCCCUCCAGUCCUCCACCUGAGGAGUAAGAAAAACUUCUAUGCUUCGCUUUAAAUUUGCCUCGGAAUGCCGAGUGGUUCUGUAACCGAUAAACUUUUACAGGCUUGACGCCUGAGCACUUCUGAAUCCGUAGGAUGUUAUCCGAACUUGGCUUAUCAUUGAAUAUGCUUGCAUUUGCCUUCGAGUGAACUUUGUUCUUCACUCAGAAUAUACUUUUAGUGCUUGAGACGCAGCCCUGAGGUGGAUAAUCCAGUCGACCUGCGCUUCACCGCUCUUGCAGGUAGGGAUGGAGCACAGAUUGCAGUCGACCUGCGUCCUUGAGGAUCGGGAUGGAUCGCACGUUAUAUUUGUGGCGUAGCUCUUAAGGAGAAGGCAACAGUCGACCUGCACCUC